AUGAGGUUUUCAAUCGCCAGCAUCAUCGCCCUAAUUACCCCGCUGACGCUCGCUGCCGACUCCCUUGAGUACAAGGCAACACCAGCGGGACAGGUUAUCAAAGAUGGUGUCAAGCUGAGGAUACUUCCUGUGGGUGAUUCUAUCACUGUGGGAUAUCUGAGCAGCGAUGGAAAUGGCUACAGGCUCAAACUUGAUGAGGACCUCUCUGCCAACGAAGUUGUUUUCGCCGGUACAGUCUACGGUGGAAAUAUGAGCGAUGGAUACUAUGUUCGUCAACAGAAUAGGUCCUAUUUCCACAUUCCCAAUUCUGACAAGUUGCAGGCUGCUUGGUCUGGGAAAACGAUCAAGUACAUCGCCGACAACGUAGGCCCAUCCCUGGUACAAAGACCCAACAUAAUUCUCCUCCACGCCGGCACCAACGACAUGAACCCAAACCCGGCAGUCUCCACCGAAGGCAACGACCCGGCGGCCGCCGCCGAGCGACUGGGCACCCUCAUCGACCAGAUGAUCACCGCGUGCCCCGACGCCACCAUCCUCGUCGCCCAAAUCGUCGACACAUGCAGCGCCGAACAGGAAGCCGCGACGGUCGCGUACCAGAAACUCAUCCCGGGCAUUGUCGAGCAGCGCAGAAACGCCAGCCACCACGUCCUGGCUGUGGACUUUGCGGCUUUGGGGACCGGCAUUCUGAGAGACGAUUGCAUUCAUCCGACGGAUGAGGGUUACCGUACGAUGGGUGACUACUGGUACGACUUUAUUGCGCAGAUUCCCAAGGACUGGGUCACUCAGCCGAUAGGCGAUGACCCUGAUCGAUCGAAGGAUGAGGCCGCGCGCGCGAGCAAGAGUCUGUCAACCAGCGGCGCUAUGGGCUUGUCUUCCCAAAGCUGGGUAAUGGUUCUAAUGAUGCAGUUAAUUAUGACUGUCAGUAUAAUGUGUCAAUGA